AUGUUCAACUUGAGGUUAAUCACAUUCUGCGCUCUCGCAGCGUUCUCCUGGAUCGCGGGGGUGGCUGCGAAUGAUUUUGCGGGUGCAAGCUCGUACUUUUUAUAUACCCUCUCCGCUUCUGACCGGAGUGCUGUGCUUGACGCGAUGCAAAGCGCGAACAUGAAGCUCUUGCGCAUUUUCAUCACGCAGGUCGCAGCAGGAGCAAAAGGAUCCAGCGCUACUGCAGUUAACGAUCUGGAAACAGUCGCAGUUGGCCAGUAUGACGAUACUAUCCUGGGGAUGAUUGAUACUUUAGCUUCGGAGGCUCAUUCUCGCGAUAUUAAGCUCGUUAUUGCCAUGCACGAUCGGUAUGCUUUGGGCUGCUGGACGACUGAUGCUUAUGUCGCCAAGUACAACCUACCUGCCACGAACUGUGUAACUGGGGUUCCAGACUCGUCCAUUUUCUACACGAAUUCUGACGCCAUCGCGGAUUAUGACAAUCGUCUCGAGCAUAUUCUUAACUAUCAGUCUCCCAAUUUCGGUGUGCCGUGGUCUCAGCUAUCUGACGCCAUCUUCGCGUUUGAAGUGGAGAACGAAGCCAUGGGCCACAUGAAUGUCGUUGCUCCUACCUGGUGGUGUGAUCGUGCAACCACUAUCCGUAAUGUGCUCGGCAGCUAUGGUAUUCAAAUUUCCACCGGAGGAGGAACCGACAUUUCACUCUCUCUCCAAUCCCAGUUCUAUAUCUGCUCUGACCUGCAAAUCCUGGCCAUCCACGACUACGAUCUCGACACUAGCUACAUCGCUUCCUACCUCAACCCUGCCAAGACCCAGGCCCUUGCGUCUGGCCAGCGUAUUAUUUACGAGGAGUUUGGUGCUGAGGGCAGUACUAAGCAGAGUGAUAUCCAGAGCGUGACUUCGUUCCUCAGUUCGACUGGCGUGCCGUGGAUGUACUGGGAGGUCUUGUUACCAGGUGGUGGUAGCGCCAACUAUGAGGUGUGGACGGAUGAGGCCUCUUGGUCGACUCUCCAGUCGGAGUCUCUGUCCACGAAUCAACAAGCUGGUGAAUUUGCGUGGCCAGAGAUCAACUAA